CAGCUCAGUAUGAGCUUCCGUUUCCGGGGUUCUGACACAGACAUCAUGGCCGCAUACAGGCGCGCAGGUGUCUAUUAACAAGCGUCUCUCCGAUAAGCGCAGUUUUGUGAGUUCGGUUCACAAUGGCUUGUCGAGCGCCGUGUCUUUUGCUUCCAUGGCGUCUGAUGUCCAGCACUGCUGCAUCUCGGCCAGUCACACAUCAUCCAUCCACUCCUGAAAUCCAGAAGCUACGUAAUGAGAUGUUUAGCAAAGAGAAAGCACGUCAGCAGUCCCUCAUCCCACGAAUAGAGAAAAUUGAGGUACAGCUGGUAGGAGAUGCUGACCUGGGAACCAUGUUCAUCAUGAACAAAGGCUUGUCCACGCCCUACAGCUGUGCCAGGCAUCUUAGUGAAUGGUACACAGACAACUCUGUUCUGGCCUUGGUAAAUGGAGAAGUGUGGGACAUGAAUCGCCCACUCACUCAGUCCUGUGAAAUUAAAUUCCUCACUUUUAAGGACCAGGAUCCAGAAGAAGUGAACAAGGCAUAUUGGCGCUCAUGUGCAAUGAUGCUGGGUUAUGUUGUGGAGACUGCCUUCAAGGAGGAGUUCUCUGUUGAGUUGCUUCAGAGUCCCGAGGUACCAGUUGUGUCUGGAGCCUUCUGCUAUGACGUUGUUUUGGACAGUCAGCUGAACUCUUGGAAACCUACACAGGAGAACCUGCAGUCUUUCACUAAAGAGGUGAAUAAACUCAUCCAUCAGAACCUGCCCUUUGAAGCACUGGAUGUUGAGCCUAAGGUCGCCCUGGACAUAUUUCAGCACAGCAGGUGUAAAAAGGCUCAGGUAGAAGAGAAAGCAUCUGGCAGUCCCCAAGGAACUGUGCGUGUGUACCGUUUUGGUGAGUUUGUAGAUCUGAGCGAUGGACCCCACAUCUCCCGGACAGGCCUCUGUUCUCUGUAUGAAGUCACAGCCGCACAUAUUCUGGAGCAGCAAGGACCAUGGGGACGUGUACAUCGCUUCCAAGGGCUGUCACUGCCUCGCCAGCUAAGGGUGUUUUACCACAUUUGGGAACGUCUGAGGAGAAGGGCACGGAAUCCGGUUGAAGACACUGACUCUAGAAAAGCAGAAGAUCCAAGCGAAGGCCUGACUACACCGGACAGCAGCUCUGAAACACAGCAGCAGAGUGAGCGCUAGUGAGCAAAUCUUCAGACAUUUUGCUAUUUUUUUUAUUUUAUAAUUGUACUAUUCAUGUAAAAACAAAAUUAAAUAUUAUAAUGAAGAUCG